AUGUUUUGUUCGGACAACGGGUCCCACUGCGCAAUGCAGUUGUAUCUCGACUCUACGACAUAGUUUCAACCUUGGUGUUUUACAUUACACAAGUUACAACUAAAAGAACUAUUCAGUAUAAAAACUUAGACGUUAUCGGAAAAAUUAUCAGUUGUUCACUUCGCUCAUACGGAUAAAGUGGAAAUAUGAGGAGUUUACUUUGGUGUUGUGUCGUGGUUGCGGCGCUGGCCUACGUCAGCUGCCGGGAGGUGAACCGAGCGAAACGGGACGCUGAUCUCGAAGAAGCCGCUUCUCAUCACGGUGGCAAGUGGGAUAAGGGAGGCGGUCACGAGCACCAUGAGGAUCAUCACCACGACCACGGAGAAAAGGGACAUAAGGGCUACAAAGGUCACCAUCAUCACGAACAUGGCAAAAAGGGACACCACCACCACGAAGGACAUAAGGGACACCAUGAUGAGCACGGUGGACAUAAAAAACAUCAUCACCACGAUGAUGGUCACCACCAUGAACAUCACCACGGGGAGAAGGGCCACAAAGGACACGGACACCACGAAGAGGGACAUUACCAUAAGGGUCACUCUACUAAGGGACAUCAUGGUGUACAUAAACAUGAUGAGUUCAAGAAGGAAAAGCACUUCCACGACCACCAUCAUGACGGUGGUCACCAUGAACAUCAUGGUGGACAUCAUGAAGAACAUGGACACAAGAAAGGCGGAGAAUUCCACAAGGGACAUAAGCAUGGUGGACAUCACCAUCACGAGCAUGGCAAAAAGGGCCACCACGAGAAGGGAGGACAUCACCAUGACCACAAGGACCACCACGAUGAGGGCGGCCAUCAUGAGCAUCAUCAUCACCAUCAUGAUCAUGGAAAGAAAGGCGGUCACGAAGAUCACAAGCAUUGGGGCUUCAAGAAGGGACACAAAUAAAUGCCAGAUAUUCCCACUGACUGUUUCAUAUAGAUAGAUAAGCUUAUAAUAUUAUUAAGUUUAUGUUUUAAUCUUAUGUUAAUUUUUGUUGAUAUUAAAUUGUUGAAUUUGUUAAUAAAAAAUAAAUAUAAUAACUGUUUUUCAAAAGUAAAGCUUCGGCGAUAAUACGUUUGCAGACUAAACAAUUUCAC